CUCAAGUCUGAACUUCCACCGUCCCUAGCAAGCUUCUGUGCAAAAUACACACAUCAACUCCACUUCUUCGAUCCUCCCCCCUCUUCUUGUGCACAAGCAGAUCCUCUUUGCUGAUCUUGAGUGCUAAAUAACUUUUCUGGAGUGCGGUGCAACACUGAUAAUAAAGAGAAGAAAGAAAAUUGAUCAAGUCGCAUACGUUUCGGAGGAAAUAAGUUUCCACUGAUUAUGUAAACAAUAUAUCAGAAACGAAAUAUUUAUUGAGAGAGAUUGGAUCGGAGAGGCUCGCUUUCGUAUUCUCAAUAAUAGAUCAAAGCAACCAUGCAAAGCUCUUCAGAGAAAAGACCAGGCAUCUACACUUACAUAGCUCAGUGGCCUAUAUAUUCACUAGCCUGGUCGGUUCGACAGGACAAAAAAUCACGUCUUGCCAUAGGAAGUUUCCUUGAAGACUAUAGCAACAAGGUGGAAAUUGUUCAAUUCAACCGCGACACUUCUGAUUUCACCACUAAUAGCCGCCUAAUCUUCGACCACCCUUAUUCACCUACAAACCUCAUGUUCUUCCCCUCCGAGGAUGCUGCAAAUCCCGAUAUCAUCGCCACCUCCGGAGACUACUUGCGCAUAUGGCAAAUUCAUGAUGACCGAAUCGAGUUGAAGUCUCUCCUUAAUGGCAAUAAGAGUAGUGAAUUCAGUUCUGCCAUAACUUCAUUUGACUGGGCUGAUUUCGAUGUUCAUCGUGUGGCCACUUCUAGUGUCGAUACCACUUGUGUGAUUUGGGACAUAGAGAAGGAAGUUAUAGACGCUCAAUUAGUUGCACAUGAUAAAGAAGUGUUUGAUAUUUCAUGGGGUGCAUUCAAUAUUUUCGCAUCAGUGUCGGGUGAUGGCUCGGUUAGAGUUUUCGAUCUAAGGAACAAAGACAGAUCAACAAUAAUUUAUGAAAAUACAAUGCAAGACUGUCCUUUGCUAAGGCUAGAGUGGAACAAAAGAGACCCGAGAUUUAUAGCCACAGUUGGCAUGGACAGUAAUAAGAUUGUUAUUCUGGACAUUCGCUUUCCUACAGCUCCUUUAAUGGAGCUAUGUAAGCAUAAGGCAAGUGUGAAUGCUAUAUCUUGGUCUCCAUGCACCGGAAGGCAGAUAUGCUCGGUAGGUGAUGAUUCAAGGGCUUUGCUAUGGGAAGUGGUUAGCAAGGCUGGAGUGCGACCAGAAUACAGCGGUGCUGGCGCUAAUAGCCAAGUGGAACCUGAAAUGUGGUAUGGAUCAAUGGCGGCGAUCAAUAAUGUGAGGUGGUCACCUGUGGAGUUGGAUUGGAUUGCUAUUGCUUUUUUUAGCAAGUUACAACUCCUGAAGGUCUAAGACAUUGCUGCGGCGGCAUCGAUCGUAGCUUAAAAUGCAAGUGAUGGAAUUUUAUUCAUUAGGGGUGGGGGGGGGGGGGACGAGCGAGGGCGUCCUUCUAUAUAUAUAAAGAGAGGGUAAUAUCUUAAAAAAAAAAAAAUGCCACCAUUUCUUUGUGAGAGUCUGCACCCAAACUUCAAUAUAGUUGAGUAGGUAAAUAAGAAAACAGUCACAUGCGGGGGUUAGAUCAUAUGAGGGUGGUUGCUCAUGAACGUGGUGGUAGGUGGAAAGGGAAAACACACAAACUGGAUAGGUCCCGCUGGUGACCCAUCACUGUACGAGCAUACGAGGUCGGAAAACUGCCUUUUCCAUCCUUGUACUUGUUAAAGUGUUGACUAUAAAUCUAGCAUUAUGUAUUGUCGCUUCAUUAAA